AUGUUAGGAAAACAUCCUUAUGUUUUCUUUACGCAAGAUGGAAAUCAGAUUGGGAAGGCAAUAUUAUUGAAUGAAGAAAGUGAUGAUUAUUAUCAAUUAUAUUUAAAUUUAAAUUGCCUUUCUAUUGAAGCAAACUUUGGCAACGAUCUGGAUGCUAAACCAUUUUGUUUUGAUGUUUCUAAACAUGUAUUUGCUGAGUAA